AUGACGAACAAGUCAUUUAACUUUGCAUUAAUUCUUAUCGUAAAUUUCCUGUUUCUGACCUACGCUCAUCUAAUAAAUGCCCCGAAAAAACUGCAAAUUUCCAAAAAUGACGCCGAUGUCGAUCCAAGUGACUUUCGUUUAUCACGCAGCGUUUAUCCAAGUCGAUAUGUGAUCGAAAUCGAGCCAUUUUUCAAAGACGAGGGAGCGAAUAAAGCUUUUACCUUCAAUGGCAACGUCAAAAUUUUAUUAAAAACUGAGGAAACGGGCGUAAAAGAGAUCGAACUUCACAUGGAUGAGUCAAUUUCGGUCGAAAGCAUUUCCCUUUUGGAUAAUCAAGGCAUGACUGUGGCACGAGAAGAGACAAUUUACCAAAAUGAAACGGAAAAACUGAAGAUUCCGCUGAAAAAAGAGAUGAAAUCGGGAGUUCAGUACACUUUGGAGAUCGAAUAUGAAGGAAAAUUUAAAUCAGGAGGCGUUUUUAGUGUGGAAUUCAAACCCAUGAAUGCGAGAAAAAUCUUCCCCGUCUUCGAUGAACCUCUUUUCAAGGCAGUUUUUCAAUUAAACAUCAUCCGAUCGAAGGAUUUUCAAGUUUCUCUCAGCAAUAUGCAACUUCAAGAAGUGACUCCGAUCGAAAAUUCAACAAAAGUUCGUGAAACUUUCAAAGCUACACCUCCAAUGUCGCCUCAUUUAGUGACUUUUGUCAUAAAUCACGACUUUAAAUCGAAACAAUCGACUGACAAAAGCUUCGGGGUAUGGGUUCGGGCCUCAGUUGAGUCUCAAUUGACCUAUUCCUACUACUUUGGUCAACAAAUUCUGCACGAAAUGGGCAUUUACUUAAACUACAUCUUCACAAAAGUACCGGAAAUACAAAAAAUCGACUUAAUUGCGAUGCCAGAACAGCAAAUGAACGCCGUGGAAAGCUGGGGAGCAAUGACUUUCCGUGAAAACUUGCUUUUAUGUGAUGAAAAUGACACAAAUGCUGCCGACAAACAACAAAUCGCAACGACAAUCGGUCAUAAAAUUGCCCAAUUGUGGUUUGGAAACCUCGUAACAGGCAAAUGGUGGUCCGAGACGUGGCUAAAUGAGGCAUUUGGAACGUAUUUUGGCGCUUUUGGUACUGCGAUGAUCGAAAAAGAGUGGAAUUUACCUGAACAAUUCGUGGUUGAGGCUUUACAAAAGGCGAUGGAAGCGGAUUCAGCGAGAAAUGUACGUCCGUUGACUGAUGAUGAGGUAUUUACUCGUGAAGAUGUUGAAAAAAUGUUGGAUGAAAUCACGAAUUUUAAGGGAGCUGCCAUUUUACGGAUGAUCGAACAUCACAUGGGAGCAGAAAAUUUCCAAAAAGGGCUUCAGGAGUACCUAAAAAAAUAUGAAUAUCAAGCAGUGAAGCCAUACAAGCUCUUCACAAUCCUCGAUGAAGUCAAUCCGGAAGCGAAAAUUAUGGAAAUUUUCGAGCCAUGGACCUCUCAAGCUGGAUUCCCGUAUCUUACAGUGACCUCAAACGACAACAACACCCUCAAAAUCUCCAAAAAUCGAUUUUUAUUUGACGAAAAAGAGCCGGAGGAUGUCUCAAAGUGGUCUAUUCCCAUCACUUUUGCCAAUCGCGAAGAGCAUUUCACUGAAACCGCGACUCAAGUUGUCUAUCCGAACACCCAAACGAAGGAUUUUAGCAUAAAAUUGCCGGAAAAUGGAACUUUGGGCUUUUAUCUCCUCAAUGUUCAACAAGUUGGCUUCUAUCGCGUGAAUUACGACGAAGAAAAUUGGAAAUCUAUUCGUGGAUUUUUAAAAUCCGGCGAUUUUGAGAAGAUUCACGUGUUAAAUCGGGCUCAAAUCGUUGAUGAUUUGUUCAAUUUCGCGAGAAAUGGAAUUUUGUCGUACGAUUUUGUGAUGUCGAUCGUGGAUUAUGUGAGAGAAGAGAAGAAUUACAUUCCGUGGGUGUCGAUGUUCAAUGGAUUGUCCUAUUUGUCACGCAGAAUUGGACUGAAUUCGGAUUAUGAGCGCUUCCGGAAACACGUCCUGUACCUCACAGAAAGCCUCUACAAACAACUCGGAUUCGAACCAAAACCAGAAGAAACCCAUUUGGACACAUUAUUACGGACAAAUCUCCUUAACUGGAUGUGCAAACAUGGACAUGAGGAAUGUUUGAUGCUCGCAAUUGAUGAAUUUGACAAAUUAAUGAACGAUAAAAAUUAUUCAAUUAACCCAAAUAUUCGCGUUCCCGUGUAUUGCAAUGCAGUUCGUCGCGGAUCUGGAACAGAAUUUGCAUUUUUAUGGGAAAAAUACAUGACCACAAACGUCGCUACUGAAAAAAUUAACCUUUUAAAUGCCUUGGGAUGCACCAAACAGCAGUCGUUAGUGAAUAAUUUAAUGGACAAAAUCCUUUCCGAUGACAUCAAAAUGCCCGAUAAGAAGCCCGUUUUUGCCAAUAUUUAUACCAGUAACCACGAGAAUGUUGAUUUAGUCUUCAAUUAUUUGACCCAAAACUGGCAAAAAUGGGAAAAUGUCAUGGGAAGCAUUGGUGAAGUAUUAACUGAACUUUCAGACCAUUUCACGACCGAAACUCAAGUCAAACGUUUGGAAGAUUUCUCAAAAAUACCCGAAUUAAGUGAAAAUAACGUCAAAUUAAUCACAAAAGCCGUAGAAAAUGCCAAAAAAUUUUUAGAAUGGGACGAAAAACGUCUUGUCGAAGUCCGAUCUUACUUCAAGAUGCUCGACGACACAGGAAAUUCAGCUAAAACUGUUUCCAUCAGCUACGGUCUCAUACUGGGCAUCGCCUGUUACCUCCUAAUCUUGAGUUAAAAAGCAAUAAAU